GUAUGGGUAUCUUGAAAAAGAAUUUUGUUUUGGCAAAACUGUUGAAAUAACAAUUCAAUUUGUUAUUGCCAAUAAUCUAUAAAGAUUUAGCAAGUUAGGAAAAUUAGAUAAAUUUAAGCACAAUCAAAUUUUUAAUUGAAUUUUAAAAUAGUUUAAGUAUAUAUUAAUAGAAUAUUAAGAAUGCAGCGAUUUAUUUGAUUAAUUAUUGAAGGAUUAACUAUUUUCAAAUUUGAUUAGUGUUUUAGAUAGAAAAUCACCAUAAUUUAAAUAGGAAUUUUGUAAUUUUUUAGGAAUGAUGAAGGAGAAUAAAGAAAUUUGUUAUUUGAUGAAAGAGACUAAGAUUUAUGAGGAAGAAAAGUUAAGAUUAUAGAAUUUAAAAGUAAAUAAAGAGUUAUAGAUGAUUAUAAAAUAAUUGAUAUUAUGA